AUGCCAUAUAGUGUUGGCAGAGCCUCUUAUGCUAUUCCAAUACGCCUUUUUGACCCUGCAAUUGGACUUGCUAGUUUUACAACCACAUUCUCUUUUCUUGUAACAUCAAAUGGACAAAGUAAAGGAGAUGGAAUUGCAUUUUUUAUGGCUGGACCAAAUCACUCGAAGAUCCCUGAAUCUUCGAGUGGUGGGUAUCUUGGCCUUUUCAGCCCCGAGACGGCUUUUAAACCAAUUAUAAAUCAAAUUGUUGCAGUUGAAUUCGAUACGUUUGCAAAUGAGUGGGACCCACCAUAUGCGCAUGUGGGUAUUAAUGCAAAUUCCAUCCGUUCCGAAACAACGGAGAGAUGGGGAAUUGAUAGUGUUGAGAGCAAUUUAUCAACGGUGGUUGCUACAGUUAGUUAUGAUAAUCGUAAUGAUACUUUAAGCGUCAUUGUAAAUACGGUGAAUGGAACUACAAUUAGCCUUUCAUGGGUGGCUGAUUUGAGGGGAUAUCUGCCUGAUUGGAUUAUCGUUGGGUUCUCCGGUGCCACGGGAGGAUUGGUUGAAACACACAAGAUUCUUUCUUGGACUUUCAGCUCUUACAAGUAUUCGUAUAGAUUCAAUUAG